UGAUUAAUGAACCAUGUUUCACCUUACUGUAUUCAAUGUUAUCAAAUAUUUCAUAGUUCUUCGAGUUAGGUAUGUAUGCUGGGUUUUUUUCUCUAUAAAAAUAACUUAUCACACAGGUUCCCCCGGUAUUGCAUUAAGAUAACGAUUAAAUGACUGUGGAAACAUUGUACUUGAUUUUGCUUGAACUUUUAUGAAGAUCAGAAUGAAAGAGAGAGAAUUGAUUCAGCUUAAAUUAACGGAUUGAACAGGACGACAGAGGUUCCAUUUAGAAAAAAACUAUUAGCAAUGCGGUACAUAAAGAAGCCAUGGACUCUCUGUAAGGACAUUGCCGUCCUCAUCACUUCGUGCAGCCUACUUAUACGGAUUUUAUCCAUUGGUUAUUUAAUUGGUGGAUUUGUCAUGAGAUUCCACGAACCACUACUUAAAUCAGGCAGUAUUCGUCUGCUGAACUCAGUGCAGAUAGGGUCUCUGCCCCUAGGAUCCUUUAUCAACGCCCUUGCCUUGUCUCUGAUUCCCGCCAUUAUUGUGAACACUGUCAGUACAACGGUUAUAUUCUAUGGAAUUUGUCGGAGAAAUAAAGGAUAUCUAAUCGCAAGUGCUGUCAUAAACUUGCUGAUGGUUGUGUAUAAUAUCAUUGUUAUCAGCUUACUAUCCUGGUUGCUGAAAGAGGUUCAUUCCUACAUGUAUGAAUCAUUACGGCAGUUAUACAAUCGCGAGAAAUCAUCUUUUGAUUCAGAGAUGGAGUGUUGUGGAUUUGAUAUUCCGGAUCUGUCCUGUACCUACUCGUAUGAUACUUCUUGUUCUGGUUACAUCACGGAGACCAUCAACACCUAUGGGAGUGCUUUCAUCGCAGUUCUUGUUACCAAUGUCAUAGUGUCUAUAAUAAUGAUAAUUGGAACAGAAUACCUACAUAGAUUACAAUUAGCUUUGGAAAAAUUAGAGGAACCCGAUCUAAAGAAUGUUUUGAAAGAAGACGAAAUGCACAAACUACAAAAUGGAAUCUGCACCAAUAUGUGUUCCUUUCUCAGGGUACAUUGUUCAAGAAACAAGUUAUCUGCAUGGUUUGGGUGUCUCAUGGUUUUGGCAAUGAUAUUAGAUGGUGGGAUAAUACUUUCCAUCGUAUUUAUCAGAUACAACCACUAUGACAUAACAUUGACGACAGAUUUGUAUGCAAUAAGCAGAGAAUAUAACAUCAAUAUGGGGUAUAUGAAGGACGCAUUGUUGAUAGCAGUCAUUUGUAUCCUUGUCUGGUCUCUCAUAGCCAAAUCCAUGUGCUUUGUUGGAAUAUAUGCCAACAGAAAAAGUCUUUUCAUAAUAUUUAUGGUUUCUGAGAUUGUGUUGCUGACAAUACAAAGUGUCAUUUUGAUUUUUGCAUCAUAUCUCCUUCGAACUUUGUAUUGCUGUUUUUGGAACACCAUUGAGAGCUGUCAAUUUUCCUACGGAAACACAACUCCCAUACCAAUAUGCACCACAAAUUGGACCAAUGCCGCACGAUUUAUAUGGAUUUCAACUGGAAUUAUCAUGUUUCAUAUCAUUUACAAGGUAUUUAUGAUAUGCUUGGCGGAUCGUGUCUACAAGCAGUCUGUAUACACACCUGUGUCUGCAAUUCCGGAGAAAUCACAGGAGAAAUAUGGCUUCUUCUACAAUGUUUAUAUCUCCAUAAAAAGACAUCCCUUGACUGCUACCUUGAUAGGCCUUUCCAUUCUUAUAACUGUUGUGGAUUUAAUUAAUGUCUGUGGACUUCUUGUGAUACGUUAUGGAUACUCUUCAUUCACACUACUGAGAAAGAUUUUAGAUGGGAUUACCUUGGGAUCUCUGAACAUGGCAGCUAACCGGGACAACAGCAUUCUGAUGACUCUAGUUGGACUUAGUUUUUCUUUCUUUUUACAAAUUGGAAAAUUCAUUUCUCUUGGAUUGCAAAAGCCAAAGGUUACAUUGCUGAUUUUAUGGAAAGAGGUAUUGGUGAUUAUUUUACUGAUUGCCACACUUGGAUUGAUUUCGGUGCAGAUGAAACUUGUUGACUGUUGCAGAGAUGUCAGUGAAAAUUGUCUUUUUAACUAUGGUACAAAUCCAUUGAUCAACUUUCCAUAUUCUAAUCGAAACACCAGUGAUCUACUUUGUAAUGGCAAUAAUCCUAAUGUUCUGGAUGCUGUCAGAAUUCAGACGUUUUUGAUGUUGGGCUUUACAAUAGUCUUGAUCCUGUUACAGUUUGCCUGCACCUCUAUAGGCUACGUUUACUUUAAACGAUCACAGGAUGGACACCUAGGUGUUUUCAAAGGUGUGAUUGAGCUUUUCAAGAGUAUGUGGUUUACAAUAAUAAACAACAGGUUUAUAAAUGAAAAGAAAAUGCCAAACUACAGGAAAUUAUUUGGAAUUGUAUGUGUGCUGGCGGGAUUUGGUUCGGUCAUGGAGAUGGCGUUUACUGUGUCAAUAUAUGCCUACUACUUCACCGAAGGCGAUUCAAGUCCAUUGUUGCAAUUCCUCUCCUGGUUUUCACACUAUCGUUACAACAUGGAAUCCCUAUACAAAGGAGUGUCAUACACACUCUUGGUCAUCAUUCCAUUGGCUCUCGGAAUCCGUAUCAUUGGCAUAUGGUGGUUCCUUGUUAAAAGAACAAUAGUUUCUUUUUUCACAAUUUCAGCAUUUACAUUUUGUUGGACUCUUGGAGAAGUCGUUGUGUUGAGAUAUGCUUCUUACAUUCUGGAUAUGGCAUACAAUUGUCUCGACUCUGACUACUCCUUCAACAAGCACACAUAUGGUAUUCCUUCUCGAAGUUCACUCUGUUUGGAAUACAGUGAAAGGAUCUAUAUUCAAUCAGGAGUCAUCAUUGGAUACCUUGUGCCUCAUAUCAUUUUGAACAUAACUGCGAUGAUUAUCUUGGAUGCCAUUUAUCCCCAUCUAAAGCAAGACGGAGAUGUUCGCAGGUUUUCAAUGAGAUUGUUGCUAGGUCUACUUCAAAUUAUAAAGAAGCACAGCAUCGCGUCGAAAAUAUACAUCGGAAUACAGACAUUCUCAUUGAUUCUGAACGCCACCUUUUGGAUAGGACUGAUAUUGAUGGGAUUAAUUCCCGGACAUAUCCACAUGUCUAAUCUGAUGGAUGCCUUGUCUGGUAGUCAUGUCUCCUUUAUCACUGGUAACAUGAAAGCCAUUGUGCUGGGAACUUUAUAUGGUUUGAUAGGAGUCAUCCCUCUUUAUUCAGCAGUCCAGUCAGUAGGAAUUUUUGGUGUAAUCAAACAGAAAUCCAGAGUUCUAAAGCUGUGCCAGGCAAUGUUAGUGCUAUCUGUACUGGUGGACUUGGUUUUCCUGUUUCUGGCGUCCUUGAUCCAACACUUUGGUUAUUGCGCUUGUUUAGACGGAUCAGAUUGCGGCGAGUAUAAGUAUAGUAAAACUCCACAGGUCUGUGAAAACACAUCAUUGUACUUUAAUUCGUCAGGAGUGCUAGUAGCAUACAUGGUUACCACCAUCGUUUUACACAUAGCAGGUUUACUUUUUACCAUCAAGAUAUCUAGAGGACUAACCACCAGGAUUGACGUUAUUGAUGAUAAAGAAAAUCUUAAAGAAAAUAUGGAAAUGGUAGGAAGCCAGUAGGGACCUCUUCUUAAUGGAUCUUGAAGUGGCAGACUUGGGAUAACUACGCUACAUGAAUUACGGUCAACUUCCAACUUGAUAAAAUUCAGAUAUAAAAAACACGAUUAAUUAUUGCCAUGUGCAGGAUUUUUUUCUAUAUGUUUACUACUUUGUUACUGCUUCCUCUAAUCACUUUUAACUUUUCGUAAUUAAACUUCCUGAUUUGUACAUAUAUUACGUGCAAAAUAAAGUUUUAUUUGAAUUACAUAUACAUGUAUACCACAUUAUGUAAUUCUUUUUGUUUGUCCCGAAGAAGGGACAAGUCGUCCAAUAAAUUUAACAAUCUGGUA